AUGACCAAGGCUGGGAGCAGGCCCCUGUCGUUGUUUGACAUACGUCUGAACAGCUGUCAGGAUGGGGUGCUCGUCCUGAAAGGAUCCGCGGACGAGGCGUCAUCUAUUCUCCUGUCAGGUACGAUCGUGCUGUCCAUUCUAGAGCCGCUGCAUGUGAAGCAGCUGAGGCUGGGCCUUUAUGGCACCCUCCGCAUGGACUUCGAGGUGGCCCACGACACCCCGAAGGGGACGGUCAUGAAGCCAGUGGGGUACGAUCGGAACGUGUAUGAGCACAUCUGGGACAAUAUCGACGUAAACAGCCCGCAGGCGAAUCAGGAGUUCCCCGGUAUGGCGGACAGAAGCCGGUCGUCGCCGAGCCUGCCGAAACAAAGGGGCAAGCUUACUGCAUCCAGAUCUCUGAUGAACAUACAUACCACCAGUCGGAGCACGCGGGUGCUGGCGGAGGGCAACUACGAAUUUCCGUUCAGUGCGGUUCUGCCGCCAACUCUAACAGAGAGUGUCGAGGGCUUGCCGGAGGCUUCGAUAACCUACAAGCUAAUUGCACGGUUGGAGCGGGGAAAGCUGAAUAAUGACUAUAUCUGCCGGAAACAUAUCAGGGUGGUCCGCACAAUGACUCCAACCUCAGUUGAGCUAUCGGAGACAGUGGCUGUCGCCAACACAUGGCCAGGUAAGCUUGACUAUUCCCUUUCAAUUCCAUCGAGAGCAGUGGCGAUCGGCACCAAUGUCCCACUAGAUAUGAUCCUUGUCCCCUACGUGAAGGGUCUGAAAUUAGGGACAGUUAAAGCGAGCAUUGUGGAGAAUCUGACGUUCGCUACGCCCUACGGCGGUAGCAAAGCAGAGGAAAGGACAGUCUCCAAAAUCAAAUUGAGCGACCCCCUCGGACAUCUUUCCGGGGAACCGGAUUCACAUGCCGAGGACCGCUGGGAUUUAUCCAUGACAAUAGCUGUUCCUCCCUCUCUUUCUAAGUGUUGCCAAGAUUGCACUAUCCUAAACAAUAUCAAGGUGCGGCACAAGGUGAAGCUGGUGAUCUCGCUAGUGAAUCCGGAGUCGCAUAUCUCCGAACUGCGGGCGACAUUGCCCAUUCAGCUCUUCAUUUCCCCCUACGUGACCGUUGGAGUGAAGUCAAGUGUUAAACCCUCGAUCAACACUGCAUCGGAAAACGAUGAAGAAGACACGCUCUUUGCUAAUGUCAAAGCAUCCGAAGACGAUCUGGAUCCCGUCUCUCAACCGCCACCCGACUAUGCUAGCCACAUCUACGACCGUCUCUGGAGCGGAAUCCCAAUCAGGGACACGCCUGUAAUAUCCCCGGCGCUGACACCGAGCGUUGUGGCAGCACCGUCGCAGUCACUUAAUAUGGAGGACCUACAAGAGGGGCUAGAACAACUCCAAAUGCAACAGGUAAGUGGGUGCUGCUCGCCUGGUUGCGGUUCGGUGACUGCCCAGUUGCAUGAGGCACCCAAGCCACUCGCCGCGCUAGGCAGCGAUCACGACCCGGGUGUCCAGCGGGUCCAGAAUGGCAUGGCUUCUCCGGACAUGGCUAGCUCUCCUCGCGUGCAUCACAUAUCCGCCGUCACCUCAAGCGAGGAUGUCGGUGCCGUGCCCUCGAGCGCCUGGGAACUGAACUCGAUGAGCAAGGUGCCGUCCUACAAGAAGCUCGUCUGGUCCGAAUUAAGCGGCAGCGAGCUUCCUCCUGCGUACUUCAACGUCCAAGAUGUGUUAAAAACGUCCGACCUGAGGCGCCCGGCCCAUCAUAUACAUUCGUCUUCUACAAAGGUGACCACUGGACACCAUACAAAAAGCAAGCCCUUGUAUCUGAGAUCGAUCUCUUCGUCGAUUCUGCACCACAAAUCGCAUACGAGCUCUCACAGCCGGCCCAAUUCAAUACAAGCUGCAGAGCCGCACCACCGUCCGCAGUUGAAGAAGGGGAAGAGUGUCUCGACUAUAUUGGACUAUUUCUCUGGUGACCAUAAGAAAUGA